GAACUGGGACGCCUCUGCGAGGGCCGAGGGGGAUUUGAUCUGUGCGACGGUUGAUACUGCGUUUGUGAAUGUAGAAGGCGGAUGACAUAGAUCUGGGAGAUGUGGCCUUUGCCCUUGACACGGAUGCGCAAGUCGACCCCUUUGAAGUGGAGGCAGCUGAGCAGGAGGAUGGGUUCUAGCGCCUUCUAGCAGUAGGACUUCUGGAACCUAGCGUGAGCACUGGGACCACCGAACUUCUUAGGCGCACCACCGGGGAUCGGCGACGAGGAGGGUCCGGUCGUGGAAGGAAUCAUCUUUGAUAAUGAUAACGACGACGACAAAGGCAAUGACGAUAAGAACGAUGAUGAGGAAAUUGAAGCUUCGUGACACAAGAUCGGGCGGUCUCUGAGAAUCCCAUCCCAGUCAUUGUUAGGCAAUGUGCCAAGAUGCCAGAUUUCGCCACCUGUGGGAUCCCGCGAUGACGUCGGUAGUGCGCCUGAUUCGUGCUUGCGUCGCCAGUCCAGAAGAUGUCGUCUACGUCAAGCUCGUCGCCACCGCCACCACCACCACCGACUUCGAUUUUCGGUUGAGAUAGGGAGCAGAGGUCGAGGAAUCGAUCGGACGACGGAGCUGUGCUGUUGAUGGCGCUGUCUGCCAUUGCUAACUAAGGUUUAGAAACCCGAUACCAUAAAAAUAGAAUUGAAUUUUUGUAUUUCUUGAAUUAUGUUAUAUAAGUCAAUAUAAACUACUUAUAAUAUAAUUUCUAUUCUAAAUAUGGAAAUAAUCUCUCACUCAAUAAUAAACAAUAAAUACCUCCUAAAUCUCUUCAAUAUACAUAGGAUUUCUACAUUGAUAUUUCAGUUGAAAUGAGAAGAGCGUUCUAAUUGCCAAAAAUAUAUGUGUUCAUUUUUCCGAAAAUAAGUAAAUACGAAAUUAAAAGAAAAAUCAGUAUAAUACAUAGUUUUGUAUUAUAUAUUAUGUAAUUUGAAUACUGGGUUUUGUAAUUUGAAUACUGGGUUUUGUCCAUUUUCAUAAAAUUUGAAGUCUAAAGAUAAGAAAAAAGAAAAGAUUACAUUUUUGUUAAAUGUAUUGGUAGCUUAAUUUUUUUAGACAAAGGGGAAAUGGGUAUUUUCAAAUGGAAAACUUAUUAAGUGGGCCCAAAAUCUAAUGUAACUGUCAAAAUGCUCUCUCUCUCUCUCCCGCCGUAUUUUGGAAAUCGAGAAAUUUGAAACAAGUGACUAAGUCAAUGUGAAGCCAUGGGAGGGAGCUAACCGUUGCUUCCCACAAUCCCACGACCUCUCUUUUUCUCUCUCUGGUAACGACUCUUCCCCAACUUCCCCUAUUAAAGCCAAGCAUGCAGUUAAGCACCAAAUCUCUCAGUGAUCAGCACCCAAAUCCCUUCUCCUCCUCCUCCUCCUCCUCUUUCUCUUUCUUUUCAAUUCUCAUCGACCAGAGAGAGAGAGUGAGAGAGAGGCUCCAAUCAAGUAAAACUUGCCAUUUAAUGGCUUCCACGAUGAAACUUUCGAGUGACAACAUGAUGAAUGCGCUGCUACUGCUGUCAUUCACUGUAUUCUUCUGUUCUUCUCUUCACCAACACCCGUCAAUGGCGUCCGCAUUCGAGUUCCAAGUUGGCGACCCCAAUGGCUGGGUCGUCCCCCCCGCCAACGACUCCAAAAUCUACAACGACUGGGCCUCCGAGAAUCGCUUCAAAAUCGGCGACACCGUCCGUUUCAAGUACAGGAAGGACUCUGUAAUGGAAGUGGAGGAGGGAGACUACAAGAGAUGCAACUCGACACAUCCCAUCUCCUUCUCCAACACCGGCAACACCGUGUUCAAGCUCGACCGCUCCGGCGCUUUCUACUUCAUCAGCGGCGUCGCCGACCACUGCCAGAGAGGGCAGCGCAUGAUCGUCAAGGUCAUGACUUCCGAUCACUCUUACACCGCCGGACGCGCUUCCUCUGCCGCCCUCUCAUUUGGGUCUCCCGAGCCAGUAGUCCUUCACCUUGUCAUGUUGAUGUCUUGUGCUCUUGCUUCUUAUUAUGAUCUUUUCUAGGUUAGUUUCCCGGGAAAAUUAUGAUAGUUUCCCAGGAAAAUGACAUGGCCAGUGUGUUGUUUAAUGAAUCAGAAUCAGUUCAUUUUAUGGUUUUUUAAACAAGGUUUCUAUUGUUCAGACGUUUGAUUGUUAGUUUCUAGCUUGUUAGGCUCUGCUCUGAAGAGUUGUAAGGUGAUUUGUUUGGAACAUUAAUUGGGUUUGAAUUAUUUGAUUUUAAUUUCUGCUUUC